AUGAACUGUGAACCGUCCCUGGGUCUGACUUCCACUUCUAGAGUUUACAGGAACCCAUAUUUAGAUGUCAGUGAGCAAGAUGGCAAUCAGGAGUUAUUUCCCUGUGAAGUCUGUGGAAGACGCUUUGCAGCAGAUGUUCUGGAAAGGCAUGGACCAAUAUGUAAAAAACUCUUCAACAGAAAGCGUAAACCUUUCAAUUCUUUGAAGCAAAGAUUACAGGGCACCGACAUUCCUACUGUGAAGAAGACGCCGCAAUCCAAGUCUCCACCUGUGAGGAAGUCUAACUGGAGACAACAACAUGAAGACUUUAUUAACACAAUCCGAUCAGCAAAGCAGUGUACGCUAGCCAUUAAAGAAGGCCGACCCCUCCCACCUCCACCCCCUCCAUCCUUGAACCCAGAUUAUAUUCAAUGCCCAUAUUGUAUGAGGAGGUUUAAUGAAGCCGCAGCCAAGCCUAUUAAUUUCUGCAAGGAUCAGUCUUCUCGCCGAGUCUUUAAUCCAGCUCAGACAGCAGCCAAAUUGACAUCCAGAGCUCAGGGUAGGGCUCAGAUGGGUCCAAAAAAAGAACCAACUGUUACUAGUGCCGUGGGAGCUUUGCUGCAGAACAGUGCCCAGGUGGCCACAAAUGAAGUCCCAACCAAUUCUGGAUUAGCUAUGGACCCUGCUUCUGGAGCAAAACUCAGGCAAGGAUUUAGUAAAUCUUCUAAAAAAGAUUAACUCCUAGAAGCCAGACUGGCUCCCUGAAACCCAUCAGCCUGGAUGGCUGUGUACCCCAGAAUGCCACCUAAGGGGAGG